UUCCUUUGGUUAAUAGUGAACAAGGGAGAGAGAGUAAGAAUUCAGAGGACCAGAGGCCUCGCCUGAGAUUUUCUCCUCUUCUCUCUCUCUCUCUCUCUGCAAGGGAAAGCGUAUACGGGCGUUCUUCCUUCGUUCUUAUCUUUGUUUUUUUUUUUUUUUUUUUUUUGGUUCAUGUGCGUGUGGCACCUGUUGUAGUAGUUCUUUGAUCGAUCUUGAGGUUGGGUUUGUUGGUCUGAUUGAAUCAGCAGAUCAAGAUGGCCACAAAUACCACAUCUACAACGGUUUGCCCCGCACCCAUGAAGGCAACCUCGAAUGGAUCAUUCCAAGGUGAAAGUCCCCUGGACUUCGCGCUUCCCUUGGCAAUUCUGCAGAUAUGUUUGGUCGUCGCUCUUACCAGAGUGCUUGCGUUCCUUCUUAGACCUCUCAGACAACCCAGAGUCAUUGCUGAGAUCAUUGGAGGAGUAUUGCUGGGACCUUCUGCAUUGGGUAGAAACCAGAAAUUUCUCCACACGGUUUUCCCUGCUAAGAGCAUGACCGUCCUCGACACCCUCGCCAACAUUGGCCUCCUCUACUUCUUGUUUCUGGUGGGUCUUGAGCUUGACUUGCGUUCAAUUCGUCGCACCGGCAGUAAGGCCUUGGCAAUAGCCGUUGCCGGAAUCAGCCUCCCUUUUAUUCUUGGGAUCGGAACAUCUUUCGCUCUUCGUUCCACCAUAUCCAAAGGAGUGCCUCAAGCUCCCUUUCUCGUUUUCAUGGGCGUGGCCAUGUCCAUUACUGCAUUUCCCGUCCUUGCUCGUAUCCUAGCCGAGCUCAAACUUCUCACCACUGAUAUUGGCCGCAUUGCUAUGUCAGCUGCUGCGGUCAAUGACGUUGCUGCCUGGAUACUCCUCGCGCUUGCUAUUGCUCUUUCCGGCUCAAACUCCUCUCCCCUCGUCUCCCUGUGGGUUCUACUCUCUGGUACUGCAUUCGUGCUCUUUGCCAUCUUUUUCUUGAAACCGGCACUUGCUUUGAUGGCUCGCCGCUCUCCUGAGGGCGAGCCCAUCAAGGAGCUCUACAUAUGCAUCACGUUGUCCCUGGUGUUGGCUGCGGGAUUUGUUACGGACACCAUUGGAAUACAUGCACUUUUUGGGGCUUUUGUGGUGGGAAUAGUGGUGCCAAAGGAUGGGUCUUUUGGUCGGGUGCUGACAGAGAAGAUUGAGGAUCUGGUGUCGGGACUUUUCCUGCCACUCUACUUCGCUUCCAGUGGGCUUAAGACGAAUGUAGCAACCAUAAGCGGAGGGCUUUCAUGGGGCUUGCUAGUACUGGUUAUAUGCACCGCAUGCUUUGGAAAGAUCCUUGGGACAACGACCAUAUCGAUGUUAUUCAAGGUGCCAUUCAGGGAAGCCUUAACACUUGGAUUCCUGAUGAACACCAAGGGUUUGGUAGAGCUUAUUGUCCUCAACAUUGGCAAGGAUCGAAAGGUGCUGAACGAUCAGACUUUCGCAAUCAUGGUUAUGAUGGCGUUGUUCACUACCUUCAUCACCACCCCAAUAGUGACCGCCAUAUAUAAGCCUGCUCGGAAGGGAGCCCCCUACAAGCACCGGACUGUCCAUCGGAAAGACCCGGAAACAGAUCUCCGAAUGUUGGCUUGCUUCCACAGCACGCGUAACAUCCCUACCUUAAUCAAUCUCAUCGAGUCUUCUCGCGGGAUCCGUAAGCGAGGGCGGCUUUUCAUAUAUGCCAUGCACCUGAUGGAACUUUCGGAAAGAUCUUCAGCAAUCUCGAUGGUUCACAAAGCACGCAUCAAUGGUCUCCCCUUCUGGAACAACAAACGCGAAGACACAGAUCAAAUGGUCAUUGCAUUCGAGGCUUAUGGACAGCUCAGUAGCGUAACUGUACGUCCCAUGACAGCCAUCUCCUCUCUCGACAACAUUCACGAGGACAUUUGCACAAGUGCGCACCAGAAGCGUGUUGCCAUGGUUCUGCUUCCAUUUCAUAAGCACCAGCGUCUAGAUGGAGCCAUGGAGUCACUUGGGGGCUCUUUCCAUAAGUUGAACGAGCGCGUCCUCCGCCAUGCCCCUUGCUCCGUGGGAAUUCUGGUUGACCGUGGCCUUGGAGGUACGACACAAGUCUUGGCCAGUGAAGUUUCUUUCAAAAUAGUGGUGCCCUUCUUCGGGGGACGCGACGAUCGUGAAGCACUGGCGUAUGGGAUGAGGAUGGCUGAGCACCCGGGGAUAAUGCUCACUGUCGUGAAAUUUGUGGUUCCAUCAGGAAAAUCACUGAGACAUAGUCAUGUUCCAUCUGUUGGUAUAUCAGCCAACAAGAUGAUGGAGAACAAGAAAACAUUAGAAGAAGCCGACAAAUCAGACAGUCAUGAUGAUCGAGAUCAGGAAGAGGAAGACGAUCUCAUCUUGUCAGACUUCGUGAGCGCAUGUAGCAACAACGAGUCGAUGUUGUUCGAGGAAAUGAAGGUUGAAAGCAAGAGGGAUGUGGUGGAGGCAUUAAAAGCCUUGAACAAGUUCAAUCUGUUUUUGGUAGGAAGAAUGCCGCCAAUGGCACGGUUGGUAGAGAGAAGCGAUUGUCCAGAGUUAGGGCCGAUAGGAAGCUUCUUAGCAUCAUCAGACUUCUCGACCACUGCAUCUGUAAUAGUUGUUCAACAGUAUGCCCCGAAAGCAAAUCUUCAGCCACUGGUGGAGGAACAAGCCAAUAACGGAGACAGUUAUAUUGAGGUGCCUGAUACACCUAUGGCAACAUGAGUAUGAAAAUUAAUAUAUAUAUAUAUAUCGUUACUAAGUACGUACAAUGCAAGUAGGAAAAGAUCAAAGACAUAAUAUAGUACAUUUUCAUCCAAGAUCACUCAUUCACGCUGCAUGUGGAGGCUGUUUAAUGAUUUAUUUAUUUCUUUCUUUCUUUCUUUAUUCACUUAUGAUCAUGGCGGCCUUGAUCUGCUUUUAAGUGGAUGCCUGCUAUAGAAUUUACGGCCACUCGUCAGGUUCUAAUAAAACCUUUGUAUACGAGACAGUACAAUAUUAAUGUU